AAUUCUGAAGAAAUCUUUCUCUCAACCUGAGGAAAAAACCUCAAACCCUAACCUCUCCUCAUGGACGACGGCGACGGCGGCCUCAGCUUCGACUUCGAGGGCGCCCUCGACGCGGCCCCGGCGGUUGGCGGGCUAGGGCCGUCCUCGGCCGACCCCGGCGCUAUCGGCGGGGGCGGCGGCGCGGAUGGUGGCGGGCACGGGCGGGGCCGCGGGCGCGGGAGCUACAGGCAGACGGUGUGCCGGCACUGGCUGCGGGGGCUGUGCAUGAAGGGGGACGCGUGCGGGUUCCUGCACCAGUUCGACAAGGCGCGCAUGCCGGUGUGCCGCUUCUUCCGCGACUUCGGCGAGUGUCGCGAGGCCGACUGCGCCUACAAGCACUCCUACGACGACGUCAAGGAGUGCAACAUGUACAAGAUGGGAUUUUGCCCUAAUGGCCCAAACUGCCGGUACAAGCAUGUCAAGCUACCUGGACCACCUCCUCCUCCUGAGGAAGUUGUCGCAAAGCUUUUGCAGAUGCGCAAUUUCAAUUUCAACAAGUUUAAUCAGAACAGGAACAAUAACUUUAAUCAUCAGGGGGAGAGGCCUCGACCUUCACAAGGUUCAGGCUUACCUAACCAGAAUUUGACAGACAAUGCUACCACUACAACAAUGCAACCAGCUGCUGCGCAACAAGGUCAAACACUGAAUCAACAGCCCCCACAGAAGCUGCAGCAGAAGCCAAAUACAAAUGACCCGGUUCAAGGUGUUCCAAGUGGCUUGUCCAAUCAAACUACCAGACCUGCAACACCCCUUCCACAAGGGACAUCUAGGUACUUCAUUGUUAAGAGCUGCAAUAGGGAGAACCUGGAAAUAUCAGUUCAGCAAGGCAUCUGGGCUACUCAGAGGAGUAAUGAGGCUAAACUAAAUGAUGCUUUUGAAUCCAUGGAGAAUGUUAUUUUAAUAUUCUCAAUCAAUAGAACCCGUAAUUUUCAGGGCUGUGCAAAGAUGACUUCUAGGAUUGGUGGCUACAUAGGUGGUGGAAACUGGAAAUCUGCUAAUGGAACAGCGCAUUACGGUCGGAACUUCUCUUUACAGUGGCUGAAGCUUUGUGAAUUGUCAUUUCAAAAAACUCAUCAUCUUCGCAACCCAUACAAUGACAAUCUUCCUGUUAAGAUCAGUCGAGAUUGCCAAGAAUUGGAACCUUUCAUUGGUGAGCAGUUGGCUUCUCUGCUUUAUCUGGAGCCAGACAGCGAGCUUACGGCUAUGCUAGUUGCAGCAGAGGCAAAGAGAGAAGAGGAGAAGGCAAAGGGAGUUAGUGCUGACGAUGCAAAUGACAAUCAGGAUAUUGUGCUGUAUGAUGAAAAUGAAGAAGAUGAGGAAGAGGAAAGUGAGGAGGAAGAGGAAAACAAUGGCCAAGAAUCUCAAGGAAGGGGAAGGGGAAGAGGAAUGAUGUGGCCGCCUCAAAUGCCGAUGCCACGUGGACCAAUGAUGGGAGGGCGUGGCUUCCCUCCCAACAUGAUGGGUGACGGCUUUGGUUUUGGCGGCGGCUUUGGUAUGCCGGAUCCUUUUGGCAUGCCACGCGGUUUCCCACCGUUUGGUGGCCCAAGGUUUCCUGGCGACUUCCCCAGAGGUCCUAUGCCUGGCAUGGUCUUCCCUGGAAGGCCUCCGCAGCCCGGUGGCCUCUUCCCCAUGGGCCUUGAGAUGAUGAUGGGCCCAGGCCGCGGACCACUCAUGGGAGGCAUGGGAAUGGGCGGGCCUGGGAGGCCAAACCGCCCCAUCGGCAUGGCUCCCUUCAUGCCGCCGCCACCUCCUCGUCCCGCGAAACGGGAGCAGAGAAGGCCAGGCGGUGACAGGGGCGACAGGUAUGAGACAGGGUCAGACCAGGGAAGCAGGGGCCAUGACAACAACGCUGGUAAUUCUGGAGCGGAUGGUGCCAGGUCCCAGUCUGGGGACAGGUACGGCAGGAGCGCCUUCCGAGACGACGACAGUGAGAGUGAUGAGGAAGCAGCACCUAGGCGAUCAAGGAAGCGAUAGGGCAAGCAAAUACUUCAGCAAUUUCCAUCCAUGGAGAUUAACUCUCCUCUUUCGGUCAAAAAGAAAGAUUAUCUCCUCUCUGCUGAGAUUAGCACCUGUGGAAACUGAAAACCGAGGUCGAACAUAGGCACAAAAGAUGUUACUGUCUGUUUUUGUUUACUCAGAUUAGAACCAGAUGGUGUCUCAGACUCUGGUUGCUGGGCAGGUGGUCUGCCCAGUCAUGUUAUGGUCAUUGGAGUUAUAUUAUACUUAUGCGGCAAGACAUGAGCACAUUUUGUGAAAGGUUGAGAUUAAUCACUUAAUCAUGUCAUUUAUACCAGUUAGGACCCAUGUGAUAACACUGUUUAGAACAUCCGGCUGUGUUCUAGCCCGUGCUUUCGAGAAUAUGACAUGAUUAAGUUGACCAACUAUAUAUUGUUUGUCA